CGGAAUAUGAUCGAUUCGUACACGUGAGCAUCUGCAUUCCGUGGAUUCCUGUUAUUACACCUACGAUCCUGUCUUCUCCGAGGGCCGAAGAUAAACGCCCGCGAGCGCUCAGGUGCAUUCCUAACGAGGUGCGGCCGAACUUCCUCGUCGGUGCACCAUGGCUAAGACUGCUCGCUCGUAGAGGACGACAUAAGCAGCUAUGAAUGCAAUUCCGAAGGAGUUACUGCUGCUGCUGGCCAGUGCGCUCGUCGCCGCGGCGACGACAUCCGCCUGUCCGUGGGCGCAACACGUGGUGGACCUCGAGAACUCGUGCAUCUGCGACUACAAUCUGGCUGGCGAGCUCUCGGUGCAGUGCGACAUCGUCGAUUAUGAGCAAUUGUUGUCGACGAUGCGACGUUAUGCCACCAAAACGUCGAUCGAUCUCUUCUAUAUCAACAACAGUACGAUCGGUGUCUUGAGGAACGACUCGUUCGUCAACUUGAGAAUUCACAACAUGCAGUUGUCCGGUUGUCGCAUCAAGAGCAUCGAGCCGGAGGCUUUUAAAGGCCAGGAAUACUACAUGAGAAGUCUGAAUCUCAAGGAUAACGAGCUCACGGAAAUUCCGACUGCCACUUUGAAGACUUUGAAGAAUCUCACCGUGCUCGACCUCUCAAUGAACAAGAUCACGAGGGUCAACGAUAAUACCUUCGUCGGUACCAAACUGGCCACGCUGAAGCUCUCCGACAACGAAAUCACUCUCGCUCCGGGAGCGUUUCGUGGUCUAGAGAGGACGCUGAAGAAUCUUAAUCUCAAGGGGACGCGACAGAAGAAAGUGCCAGAGGCUCUCAGAGGCUUGAAAAAUCUGCAUUUUCUCGAUCUAUCGCAAAACAGUAUACGCGAGCUUCCUGGCCCAUCUGGAACCAAAGUUUUCGAUGGUCUCGAUUUUCUCACGGGGUUAAACCUCGAGAGAAAUCUGAUUCAAAGUAUCGGUUCGGACGCGUUUUACGGCAUCAGGAACAAUCUGAGUUCCCUGAGCCUACUGAACAAUCUCAUUCCGGAUUUCCCUACAGCAGCUAUUAACAGCGUUCACGACUUGAAAGUGCUAGAUAUCGGAUUCAAUUUGAUCACCGAACUACCGGUCAACGCCUUUCAAGGGAAUCCGUCAAUCACGCUGCUGGCGAUCGAUGGCAACCCGUUGUCCACGGUACCGGAAGAGGCGCUCGCUCAACUAAACGGUACCCUGCGCGGCCUAAGUCUGGGUGGACGAUUCCUCGUUUGUGACUGUCGAUUACGAUGGAUCAUCGAUUGGAUUAAAACGCGAGAUCUACAGGUUACCAGUCGCGAACGCAAGCCGCAGUUCUGUGGUAGUCCGCAACGUUUGCAAGACAGAAACUUCUACAAUAUUGAUCCUAAUGACAUGAAUUGCGAGCGACUACCGGAGAUAAUCGGAAUCGGAACGGUGGAGAGUGUGGAUACCAAAGAGCCAACGGAAACGAUAGCUGAUGGAGAUGUCAAUAGUCAUCUUCCAACCAUUCGAUCUACAAUUUCCACGACCGAGUUAAUCACCAGCACAUUGUCUACGACCACGGCACAGACGAUAUUAUCGUCGACUGAGCAGAAAAGAACAGUACCACCCACAACUUUCGUCUCGACGACUCGAUCGACUGCUGCGCGAACCGGAAACGUCGUGGUCGUGAGAACUACUCCGUCGCCGCCGAAACAACUGCAGGAACAGAUGCAACAACAUCAACCGAGACCGCCAUUGGUCUUAGGAUCGCCGUUGUACAAAUCGAAAUCGAAUGAAAAGGAUAUAAUUGUUAAGGAUGUGCUCAGACAAGACAACGCGGUUAUCAUAUAUUGGGAUACUGAAGCGACCAACAUUUUGGGCUUUAGAGUGAUCUAUCGGUUGUUCGGAGAUAAUAGUUUCAAACAGGCACCGCCGCUUGAAGCCAGCGAACGAGAAUUCAAGAUCAAGAAUGUGCCCUCGCAGGAAUGUAUCGUGGUUUGCGUCGUCUCAUUGGAGGAGACUAACAUCACACCGGCGAACGUGCCGUAUAAUCAGUGCCGUGAGGUCAGAACGGAAAACUCACCGACCUCGAACAUGGACAAGAUUACAAUCGCCGCGAGCGCGGCGAUCUGCGCCACGAUCGUCGUCGCGGUGAUCAUCUUCGUGGUGGCGAAUCGACGCCGCGCCCGCAAGCUACAUACUCUGCACAGCAUCGAUCAGACGAAGAUGGGUGGUCCCAUCGCCGGUCUGCCGGUCAAUUGUUGCUCAAACGUGGGUCCAACGCCCAGUCCUGGCGGACCCUUGUCGUCAAUGGCUACCCUAAGUGCUUACAACGCUCAGAAAGAGUGGGACCAAGUGUCGGCCUAUAGUAACAGAAGCAUACCGCGACCAAGGAUCUUUCCCAUAGAUCGACAAGGAUCGAUCACCAGAGCGUCCUGUAUCGACGAUGUGCGCUCUCAGAUCGGACACUAUAGCGGCAAAGUGUCCGCCCGGUCGAUCGCCGACGGCCAGUCCCAGCACAGUUUCUCCAAUAACUCCUCGCGGUACUUCACUAACACCACGUUGGCCUCCAAUCUCGUCAACACGAGACCAGAAUUACGACAAUCACGUCAAUCGCUGGCGGCUGCUUCGGACCGGAUGUCGCGGUCAAACUUUUCCGGCAACCACCUCCCGCCACACUCGUCGGCCAGGCGGCAACGACCACGAUCGCGUAAUCGCAAUCUCGAGUCAAAUCCGCCACGACCCAGUAGCCGGUACAGCUUGGCAGACUCUACACAUACUCUCAACAAUUAUGAUGAGAACAAUUGGACCGAUCACGACAUGGACAUCUACAUGGCGCGCAAUCCAACUACGAGGGGCGGCCUCGUGCCGCUUUAAAAUUCAGUGGCCUCAACAUCUCAUUCAUUUUUGCUCAAGCGUGUUCAAAUAGAGUAUCCAAUCUUUAUAACAGAUUGUGCUUCUCGCUCUUGCGAUUCGCUUUUGAACUGAGUCAAUGUCGAGUGUAAUCAAGUUAAUUUUGACAAUAGUCUUGACAAUCUCAAAGUCUAAUCUCAAAGAAAGAAAAUCUUGAAUAAGUCGAGUAUAAUCCAGAUAAUAGUUUCAAUUCAAGAGAAAAAUUCUCGAAUGCAUCGAGUACCUUAUUUUGGAAAAUAUUCGUCACAAGAUUCAUAUGAUUAAGUUUAACUUUCUCAGAGAUCUGAUCAGUGUGAUAAAAAAAAUAAUUCUCCGGCACAUUCGUAACUUACCAGCUUCGAUCGUGAUCGAUGCUAACAUGCGGCAGGCAUUAACGUGUAUUAUUUGUGCAAAUACGUGCAAUUAGGAAGAAUGGCGAGUAUUAGAUAGAGAAGCGGUUUUAGAUAAGUUUUAAGUAUGUCCUAGUUUUAAGUUUUAUAUAGGAGAAUACUCUUAAUUACCAAAUCGUUGAAACAAACAAGCCGAGAGUAUAUUUUUCGGUUUGCUUGAAUGCACAAUUUUUAGAUUCUUAUCGUGACGCGAUGCUCUUUGCCUUUGCGAUUCAAAGACUGUAAUCGAAGUAUCCGUCUGUAAAGAAAAGCGCUACCGCGACCAAACUGACAUAUCGUGAAAACUCGACGUUUUUUAAUGUCUCUGAACAAGAGGAAAAACGGGAGAAACACAAAAUGAGAGACUUAUAAAGUUCUCCGCAAAGUUUACCUUUUAUAACAGUGUAUUCGCACGUGUACUCGUAUGUGCGCGCAUCGAUGAUGAGGAUGACUCGUCCGGCGUAUUAAUAACGAAUAAAGAAAUUACUUCACUACUCACCCCGGAA